AUGUCCUUCUCAUACACUACACCUCCCGGCCAUCCGGGCGCCGCUUACUACGGCUUCUCGACCAGCGCUUCUCCUUCGCCUGCCGGUUCACCAUCUGGAUCCCCGGGAUAUACUUCACGACACCCAUUCCGAACCCACUCUCGACAUACAAGUUAUGCAGAUACUACUACAUAUAGAGCGUCCGCUACUGAGGCGAGGCCUUUCUCUCCUAGAUUUACUUCAAACGGAUACUACGCCACUGGUGCUGGUCCAAAUGUGAGUCGAAACAAAAGUUCUUGGUCAUCACCGCCGCCGCGUCAUGAGACGAAGGCUCAGUAUUCUUACUCCCACCGAACCCCUGAUGGGGGUGCCGAGGACGACGAAUAUUAUGAAUAUUUAGAAGAUGUAGACGGGACAAUAUAUUUGUGCAGAGUGCCUCGUCGAUCGGCGGCGCACACAACUUACAAAUAUAGUAGUCAUGGUACUGAUAAAUAUUACAACCAGAGCCCCAAGUAUGCUGAAGAUCCUGAGUCACCAUACAGACAUCGUCGAAACACUUCAACUACAGCUACACCUCAACGACCAGCGACCACUCGACCCGGAGCAACUCGCCCUACGGCCACAUCGACUCGGACCAAACCCCAACCACCCCCGGAAAAGGCCACUGAAGCCGAUGCGCGCCGACACCACAUCCCAGCCGGAUACUCGUUGAAGAACUGGGACCCUACCGAAGAACCCAUCAUGCUCCUCGGCAGUGUUUUCGACGCCAAUAGUCUUGGCAAGUGGAUCUACGAUUGGACUGUCUACCACCACGGCCCUGCUACCCCACUAUCCGAUAUGGCCGGUGAACUUUGGCUAUUACUCAUCCAAUUAGCCGGCAAAGUCAAGCGUGCAGAAGAGUGCAUGCCACGCAUUCGACAACCAGAUAACAGAGAAAUGGUCGACGAUUUCAUCGAGUCUGGAGAACGCUUGACAGACAAGUUGAAGAAACUCCUCAAGGCAUGCGAAGCACCUAUGUUGAAGGCAGGUCGAAGCGGAACCAAGUCCGCAACAACACAACUCGGCAAGAACGCCGGUACCGAAUUUGUUGACUCUAUCUUCGGACGCGACAGACAACUUGAACACACUGAGAAGUUCAUGGCAUCAGUCCGAUUAUGGAACAUGCGAUUUGACGCCAACUGCGAAGAAAUUCUCCGCAAGCCGGGUCAACACGCUUAA